UUUUAUCGUUCAACAGCUUCAACACACCUUUUCCCCAGGCUCCCAGAGGGAGUGUUUGAUCCGAGGAGAUAUUGGACACUACUCGUUAAGUGCGGUUUUCUUAGGCCAACGCGGAGAAAGUUCGAUCGACUCAGGUGAUCACGGUGGUUUUUCUAUCGAAAGAAAUCUCGUCAUGGCAUUUCGUCUUCCCUUGAGGUCACUUUCACGAGUCGUUCCAAGAAGGCUUUUUGCUCCUCCUGCUUCCAUCAGUCGGUCUUCUUUCGCAACGCUCGCUGAGCGUAAGAUUGAUGACAGUCCUGAAGUGAAGUACAAUCAGGUUUUCAUCAACAACAGGUUUGUGGACUCUGUCAGUGGCAAGACAUUCCCCACAAUCAACCCUGCAACUGGGGAAAAAAUAUGUGAUGUGGCUGAGGGUGACAAGGCAGAUGCUGAUAUUGCUGUUAAGGCAGCCAAAGAGGCCUUUAAGCUAGGCAGUCCUUGGAGAACAAUGGAUGCAUCAGAACGUGGAAAGCUUUUGAACAGACUGGCUGAUUUGCUUGAACGAGAUCAAGCUUAUCUUGCAAGUUUAGAGACUUUGGACAAUGGCAAGCCAUUCAAUGAUUCUUUCAAUAUUGAUUUAUCCAUGACAAUUAAGUGCUAUCGAUACUAUGCUGGGUGGGCAGACAAAAUUCAUGGCAAGACAAUUCCAAUUGAUGGCAGUUUCUUAACCUAUACCCGCCAUGAACCUGUUGGUAUUGUUGGUCAAAUAAUCCCAUGGAACUUCCCACUGCUGAUGCAAGCCUGGAAACUUGGUCCAGCCCUGGCGGCUGGAAAUGCAAUUGUAAUGAAACCAGCAGAACAGACACCACUGACUGCCUUAUAUGUGGCGUCUCUAAUUGCUGAGGCUGGUUUCCCGCCAGGUGUUGUAAAUAUGGUUCCAGGCUACGGACCUACAGCAGGAAUGUCAAUCGCUGAACACAUGGAGAUUGAUAAAGUUGCCUUCACUGGUUCCACUGAGAUUGGGCAUGUAAUUAUGCAAGCAGCUGGCAGAAGCAACUUGAAGAACGUCACCCUGGAACUUGGUGGCAAGAGUCCUAACGUGGUGUUUGCUGAUUCCGAUAUCGACAGCGCAGUGGAAAUGAGUCACUUUGCUCUGUUCUUCAACCAGGGUCAGUGUUGCUGCGCUGGCAGCCGCUGUUUCGUAGAGGAGCCGAUUUACGACGAGUUUGUGCAAAGAAGUGUGGAGAGGGCCAAAAGCCGUGUCGUUGGCAACCCUUUUGAUUUGAAUACAGAACAAGGACCACAGGUUGAUCAGGAGCAGUUUAGCAAGGUUAUGUCCCUGAUAGAAAGUGGAAACAAGGAAGGUGCCAAUAUGGUCUUUGGAGGAGGGAGGCAUGGUGACAAAGGCUACUUUGUGCAGCCCACCGUCUUUACUGAUGUCCAAGAUCACAUGAGAAUUGCAAAGGAAGAGAUUUUUGGACCCGUGAUGCAGAUCAUGAAAUUCAAGGACAUGAACGAAUUGAUUGAACGAGCUAACAAUACCAUUUAUGGUUUGGCUGCCUCUGUGUUUACCAAGGACAUUGACAAGAUGAAUACUAUCGCCCACAGCAUCCGUGCUGGCACUGUUUGGGUCAACUGCUACGAUGUUCUGGAUGUCCAAGCGCCAUUUGGUGGCUUUAAAAUGUCUGGAUCAGGGAGGGAAUUGGGAGAGUAUGGUCUUGAGCAAUAUUCGGAGGUGAAAACGAUAACGAUCAAGCUCCCGCAGAAGAAUUCUUAAACAGCUGAGUGGUAAAUCGAAUGCUCUGAACCUUGAAAUGUCUUCAAAACCAUUCAGUUCAGGCGAUUUUCACAAGUUAUUUAAUACGUCCCUCAUUCUCAAACCCAAAGUGUAGCACUCAGUUAACGUAACUUCGACAAUUUUUUGUACCGUAAUCAUAAGGAACUUCAACAGACUUUUCUUUUCAUAAAUAUGCUCAACUUCUUAA